AUGGAGGAGAAGAAAAGAAGAGGCGUAAAACAUAAUAUUCCACUUGACAUUGUAGAAGAGAUUAUGUUGAAGCUUCCGGUAAAAUCGCUGGUGAGAUUCAAAGCCGUAUCUAGAGAAUGGAGAGGAGCCAUGGAAUCAAAGUGUUUCGAAGAGAAGCACAUGAGGUAUAAGAAAUCUCUACAAGGAGGACAAGCGAGCUACGUUGAAAUACCAUUAGAAAAAAAAGGACAGAUCAAUCUACAAAAUCUGUUGUUGACUAGCAAUGGAAUCCUACAAUAUGCUUCUCUAUAUCCACCCAUUAUGCAUCUUCCUCCUUACUAUGGCUUCAAAAUCUCUGCGUCUUGCGACGGUUUGUUUUGUCUCUAUAACAUCUAUACUCGUGUCUUUCACCUUGUUAAUCCUGCCACCACUAGCCACCGCAUACUCCCUGAUCUCAUCUCUGAAGUUGUAGUUAGUGGGCAUGUGAGGCAUUCUUUGGUAGCAGGGAUCGGAAGGGAGAAUAGUGUGAGUCCAAGGUAUAAGCUAGUGUGUUAUUUCAAUGAUGAUAACAAAAAGGAUAAUGAAUCUACUAGGUGCAAGGUUUUUGCUCUCGACUCUAACACUUGGAGAUACGUAGAUGGUCCCCCUGUUGGUCGAGUUCACUAUGACCAUCCUAUGAUGCACUUGGAUGGAGUAAUCUAUUCCUUCAGCUACUACUUGGAAAAUAACCACUUUGAACAAGACCACAAGGUACUAGCUUUUGAUCUUCACACAGAGACGUUUCAAACCUUUCCAAUUACUCCGGCUAUCGAGUUUACAUACAUCAAUUGCAUAUGCAUGUGCGUUCUUAACCAUCGCAUAUGCAUCUUCAAGCGACAUGUUUGUUAUCAAUCCGACCUUUUCUACAAAUUAUGGGGUCUAGACAUAAACAAGAGGACAUGGGAUAUUAUGUAUUCCAUAAAUGUUUCUUGCAUUCCGUCAAAAGUCAGAGGUUGGACAAUCGCUCCCAUUGCAACAAUAAACAAUUAUGUUAUCUUUUCCAAUUCCUAUUGUUUCAUCUGGGGACACUCUGGUUCCAAAAACAAAGAUGAUUUUAUUAUUAAUCGCACCUCCUCUCCUAGUCCCUACUUCAUGUCUUAUGUUGAAACGCUAGUCUCUGCUUACCAAUAA